GCCGACCACAAGACUCGACGAAUCGACAACAAUGGGCAUCAAGGAAUUCCAAGUCGUUGGCCGCCACUUGCCUACCGAGCAUGAGCCCACCCCCAAAAUCUACAGGAUGCGAAUCUUCGCUCCUAACGAGGUCGUCGCCAAGUCCCGCUACUGGUACUUCAUGAGGCAAUUGAAGAAGGUCAAGAAGGCCUCUGGUGAAAUUCUCGCCGUCACCCCCAUCCUCGAGAAGCGACCCCUCCAGGUCAAGAACUUUGGCAUCUGGUUGCGAUAUGAUUCGCGAUCUGGAACCCACAACAUGUACAAGGAGUUCCGUGACCUCUCCCGUGCUGGUGCCGUCAAGGCCCUCUACCAGGACAUGUCUGCCAGGCACCGUGCCCGCUUCAGGUCCAUCCACAUCAUCCGUGUCGUUGAGAUCAAGAAGGCCGAGGACGUUCGCCGCCCCUACGUCAAGCAGCUCUUGCAGCCCGGCCUCAAGUUCCCUCUUCCUCACCGUGUGCCCAAGGUCCGCUCGACCUUUGUCGCCAAGAGGCCUUCUACCUUCUAAGCGGGUGGUGGUGUCUUUCAAAAUUGGGGGUACUUGUACGUCUAUGCUUUUUGUACAUAUGCACAUGUCGAGUUAUGAUAUGCCACGACUGGAAUACUUGAACAAGACUGCGUCG